UCGAACGCUGGUAGGCGCUGUUCGUCUUGUCCCUUUGUUAAUAAAGUUAUUUAAAUUCAAACAAAAUGGCAGCGCCCUAUGAUCAACCAUACGUGUAGUUGGACUGAACCGAACAUCAGUAUAAAAAAAAGUAACGUGCUGCAUUAAAAUUCAGAGGUAUGGCUGCUGCUGGUAAGCCAUCAAAAAAAGAAAGCAAGAAGUACAUUCCGACCAAGACCUCCUUCACUUCACCAUUCACUCCAAAAUGGGGCCCACUCCCCCAAGAAGACAUGCAUUUUAUCCUGAACACAGUGAAGGACAAGCUGGUUUCCAUGGGCCUUGAGAAGAAAGAGGUGAAAGUGUUUCGCCCGUGGAGGAAAAAGAAAGACCUGAAACCUGCUGCCACACCAGAGCCUGUUCUCCAGGUCAGUGAGGUGCAGAUGAAGGAUGCUCCUAAAAACGGCUGGACAGAUGUGGCAGCUAGGAGACAACUGGCCAUCGGGGUCAACGAGGUCACCAAAGCUCUAGAGAGGAACGAGCUCAGACUGUUGCUUGUGUGUAAGUCCGUGAAGCCGAAACACAUGACGGACCACCUGAUCUCGCUGAGUGCAACGAGAGGUGUGCCGGCCUGCCAGGUGCCUCGUCUGAGCCAGAGCGUGUCAGAGCCGCUGGGCCUGAAGAGUGUCCUCGCUCUAGGAUUCAGACAUUGUGCCUCCAAAGAUGACGAGGUGUUCACUGACACUGUUGAGGCCAUUACACCCAGAGUGCCCUCCCUGGAUGUGGCAUGGCUACAAGGUGCAUCACCCAGAGUAACAUCUGUAGACCCUGUUGAUAUGGAGGAGGAGGAGAAGGAAGAAGAUGGCCAGAAGAAGGGCCAAAAAAGGAAACUAGAGAGUGAAACUGUGGCGGUCACAGAGUCUACCUCCUCCUACACUCUGCAACCUCUCAAAGUAAAGAAAAUAGUUGCCAACCCUGCAAAGAAAAUAAAAAAGGCUAUUCAGCGUAAAACAGACUCUGCCCAGAUAUAAAAAAGACCAUUCCUGUGAUUUUGCAUGUUUAGUCUGAAUUGUAUCUUGGAUUUUUAGCGGCCUGAAGAGUAUAAGAAAAUCUAGUAUGUCACCUCCUGUGUGAAUCUGGUGUUUCAGAUCAAUUGCUAAAACUAAAAAUAUUACUAGUUUUUGUUUUAUUUUCCUGACAUAUUGGUCAGCCAUAGGUUUAUAAUCAUGUUUGCCAGGACUUGAAACUGGCUUGAGAUAGUUGUGUAAUUCAUUACAAAUAAAGAAGUUGACAUGUGUUGGAAUUAGCGACCCUGAGAAAAGUAAGGCUCUGUUGUGUUCCAUUGAAAUUAAAGUAUCAAUCGACCGGUUGCUGCAUGGAGGGUCA